CACACUUCUACAUCCUUCCUCCUCCUUCCUCCAACCUCCCGAAGUCCCGAUCCAUCCGGCCCGAAACCCGCUGUUCAGUUUGCGAGAUUACGCACGAGCAUCCGAUUCCCAAGCCAGCCGAAGGAUAGCUCGGUCGGCGCCGCCACGUUCUUUCUACCCGUGAUUCGAUUCCAUCUCCAUCUCCCCCUAUUCUUCCGGCCGGCGAAUCUCGCUCGAGGAGCAAGAGUCCAUUUUUAGCACGGUGCCAGCCGAUCGAUCCCGUCCCGAACUCGGUUGCCGCGCACCAUCGUUGCUCACCCGCCCGCCACCACACCCACGCGCGCGCGCAAAUCCACGAGGACCCAGCGGGAUGGCCGGGAGCAUGCAGGCGGCGGAGGCGGCGGGCAGAAUCAGCGCGCUGCUCUCGCUGCUCGCGCUGCGCCGGAUCCUCGCCGUGCUGCAGCCCCUCGCGCUGCUCCUGCUGCUGCCGCUCCGAUGGCGCGCCGCGCAGCGCCACGGGGACGGCUCGACCUCAUCGGCAGGCACGGCCGACGCGCCGUCCUCCUCCGCGGCCAGCAGCGGGAAGAAGGGCAAGGCGUCGGCGGUCGUGCUAAGGGUGCCGGCCGGGUCGCCCAUGGCCACCGCGCGGCGGCAGGCGCUGGCGAGGCGCGAGGCGGCCGUGCGGCGGGCGAGGGAGGCUGGGAGGGAGUACGAGCUCGUCCCCACCGCGCGCGGCGAGACGCUCUUCACGCAGUGCUGGUGGCCGCACGGCUCCUCCGCCGUCAAGCCCAGGGCGAUUGUUCUGGUCAUGCACGGGUUGAACGAGCACAGUGGGAGGUACGAUUAUCUGGCCAAGCGGUUGAACGACAUGGACGUCAAGGUUUAUGGCAUGGACUGGACCGGCCACGGUGGAAGUGAUGGUCUUCAUGGAUACGUGCAGUCCCUCGACCAUGCCGUCCAAGACAUGAAAAUGUAUCUGAAGAAAGUCUCGGCUGAGAACCCCGGUGUCCCAUGCUUCUGCUUCGGGCACUCAACUGGCGGAGGCAUCAUUCUCAAGGCUGUGCUUGAUCCGGAGGUCAAUGCUCUUGUUAACGGCAUCAUCCUGACAUCGCCUGCUGUCCGUAUCCAGCCUGCCCACCCCAUCGUAGAGGCACUUGCCCCAGUUUUUGCACUGAUCGCGCCGAGGUACCAGUUCGCGGGCUCGAGCAAGAACGGGCCGGCGGUGUCGCGCGACCAAGAAGCCUUGAAAGUGAAGUACUCUGACCCGCUGGUGUUCACCGGCUCCAUCCGUGUCAGGACGGGGUACGAGAUCCUCCGGCUGACCUCCUACCUGCAGCAGCACCUCCACCGGAUCACCGUGCCGCUGCUGGUGUUGCACGGCGCCGACGACAUGGUGACCGACCCCGCCGGCUCGAAGAGCCUGCACCGGGAGGCCUCGACGCCGGACAAGUCCAUCCGGCUUUACGACGGGCUGCUCCACGACCUCCUCAUCGAGCCUGAGAAGGAGGUGGUCCUCGGCGACAUCGUCGACUGGCUGCGCCCCAGGAUCUGAUCUGACCACGCCGCCUCAACUAGGCUGUGCGUGGGAGCGGCGAUGCGUCUCCCUUACUGGUGACGACGCAAUUUUUGAUCGUCCGCGCGUCCUUCCUCGGUGGCGUCGCGGCCGGCGGUGGCGGCGCGAGCGCGGUGAAGCUUAGUAACUUAACUUACCUGGGGUGUCGGUGGGUUCUGUGGCUGAAUUUGGUCGGCCUCCCAGCGGUGUCCCGAGAUAUGUUCUUGACCCAUGUCCUGUUUUUGCCCGCUAGCUAGGGUGUGGGUGCUCAUUGCGUACCUACAGUAAGCUUAGUGUUCGUUCAUGUCGCCCUGCGUGGUGCACAAUAAUGGCGUAGACGCCUCUUCUCUCCUCCAGUUCCCUCCCACGAGAUUGAGGGGACAUUUUCCGUCGCGGUUCUAAUCAGAAUCGGCGGCAGAGUUGAUUAAUUUUGCAUGAAAUUUUUGCCUA